AUGCCACCGCUGUCGCCGCGCUCAGCGCAAGCUCCCUUUGAGGGCAUUGCCAGUCCACCGUUGUCCCAAGUUCCGGAUGCGUACUAUAGCAACGAUGACAUCGAAAUCCUUUACAGCGUCGUCUCCAGGGCGCAGGAAAUACUCAACAAUUUACCUGAAGGGGAACAGUUGGCAACAAAUGCUCUUUUCAGCGCAUACGAUGAGGUGCUACCUCUUUAUGGCAUCGAUCCUGAAGAAGAUCAUCAUCUCUCACGACUGGUCUUUCGGAUAGGAGGAGAACGUGGGGUAGGUUCCCUGCUGGACAGUUGUCGAGAUGUCCUGCUCCGGAUGGGAAUUGAGCUCGAACUCGACUCGGAUAGUGCCACUGUGUCUUCCGCCGCAUCGUCGCAUGUUCGCGCCGAUCACCUCGACGUGGCAGAGGUUCAAACAUCUCUGUUAUACCAGACCAUGGCUCGUCCCCUGCUCCGGUUUCCCAGCGUCUGGUAA